UCACUUUUCGAAAUGUCUUGCUAGGUAUAGUACUUAUUAGACUUUGUUAGAACUAAAUUAAUAAAACUGCCAACGGAAGCCAGAAAUAUAAAUAUAGGGAGAAGGAGCUGGACGGAAGACCAUGUGCCCCAAAGAGCCGGUGGAGAGCAGUCUUCUGCCCGACUGCCGCAUAGCCAACAGAGUGCUCCUCUUCACACUGCUCCAAACCCUCCAGGCGGAGGAGCGGCGGAUGGAGGAGGUUGAUGUCCAACUUCGAGAUCGCUACGACGUGUUCCUCCAGGUGCUGGCCAACUAUCCGGUGCCCGUGGAAGAAGGCCCCGAUGACAGAGUUUAUUACGAUGCGGAUGAUUUGAUACGAGCCAGUGAAUCAUCCAGAAAUGAGACAUUCCAGUCCAGUCUGGAUAGUGAUUCCGGUCAGAUCCCCGUGACUGAAAGUAGAAUUCCCAACAGAGUUAACUAAGUGUUUUGCACGAUUGCUCGUUAUGCCAAAAGUAUCAAGUAAACAAUUAAAAAGUGAAAUUAACUAUA